AUGGCUAGAGGUGAUAAGGUUCACAUUAACUUGGUCGUUAUCGGUCACGUCGAUUCUGGUAAAUCUACCACUACCGGUCACUUGAUCUACAAGUGCGGUGGUAUCGAUAAGAGAGUCAUCGAAAAGUUCGAAAAGGAAUCCGCUGAAGCUGGUAAGGGUUCUUUCAAGUACGCUUGGGUUUUGGACAAGCUUAAAGCUGAAAGAGAAAGAGGUAUCACCAUCGAUAUUUCCCUCUGGAAGUUCGAAACUGCUAAAUAUCACUUCACCAUCAUCGAUGCUCCCGGUCACAGAGAUUUCAUCAAGAAUAUGAUUACUGGUACCUCCCAAGCUGAUGUUGCUAUUCUUAUGAUUGCUUCCCCCUAGGGUGAAUUCGAAGCUGGUAUCUCCAAGGAUGGUCAAACCAGAGAACACGCUCUCUUGUCCUUCACUUUGGGUGUCAAGCAAAUGAUCGUCUGCCUCAACAAGAUGGACGAAAAGACCGUCAACUUCUCUGAAGAAAGAUACACUGAAAUCAAGAAGGAAUUGUCUGACUACUUGAAGAAGGUCGGUUACAAGCCCGAAACCAUCCCCUUCAUCCCCAUCUCUGGUUUCAAUGGUGACAAUAUGUUGGAAAGAUCCACCAACUGCCCCUGGUACAAGGGACCCAUCCUCAUCGAAGCUCUCGAUGCUCUUGAACCCCCCAAAAGACCCAUCGACAAGCCCCUCAGACUUCCCCUCCAAGACGUCUACAAGAUCGGUGGUAUCGGUACCGUCCCCGUCGGUAGAGUCGAAACUGGUGUCAUCAAGCCCGGUAUGUCCAUCUAAUUCGCCCCCAACAAGGUCAUCGCUGAAUGCAAGUCCGUCGAAAUGCAUCACGAACAACUCCAAGAAGCCGUCCCCGGUGACAACGUCGGUUUCAACAUUAAGGGUGUCUCCGUCAAGGAUAUCAGAAGAGGUAAUGUCGCUUCCGAUGCCAAGAACGACCCCGCCAAAGAAGCUGCCACCUUCUACUCCUAAGUUAUCAUCAUGAAUCACCCCGGUCAAAUCCAAGCUGGUUACACCCCCGUUUUGGAUUGCCACACUGCUCACAUUGCUUGCAAGUUCGAAACCAUCCACGACAAGAUCGACAGAAGAACUGGUAAAUCUCAAGAAGAAAACCCCAAGUUCAUCAAGAACGGUGAUGCUGCCUUGGUUACCCUUAUCCCCACCAAGCCUCUUUGCGUCGAAGUCUUCCAAGAAUAUCCCCCUCUUGGUAGAUACGCCGUCAGAGAUAUGAAGCAAACCGUCGCCGUCGGUGUCAUCAAGAAGGUUGAAAAGAAGGACAAGUGA